CAUAAAAGUCAUAUCCAGAAUGUUUUAAUCUAUGUGAAACAGUGGUGGUUACCGAGGGUGGCACGUGUCCAGCGGUCAGUAUUCGCCCCGCGGCCGCCCAGUGCACGCCAUGGUCUAACCACUGACCACUAUCCACCAUGACAGACGACAUACCAGAAACGGGCGCAGUGUUCACGUUCGGCAAGUCCCAUUUCGCUGAUAAUGAACCGAGCCACUUCUUCAUCAAGAAUGAUCCGAUCGUCGCCAUCUCGUGCGGGGACGAACACAGUGCUGUUAUAUGCCAGAAUGGGCGUGUGUUCGUGUUUGGCGGGAACGCGUGGGGUCAGCUAGGUUUGGGCCACAAGGAUGAAGUCACAAGGCCCAGCUGUGUCAAAUGGCUGAAACCACAUCGAGCCCUAUUCGUGGCCUGCGGGAGAGCACACACUGUUUUUGUUACAGAUUCCAACGCGAUCUACACUGUAGGCUGCAAUGAUGAGGGUCAACUGGGCACUGGCGACAUGGAACACCACACGGUGCCACAGUACGUCGAGCUGGAAGGGGACACUGGGCCCAUCCGACAGAUCUCUGCAGGAAGCAACCACACAGCCAUACUCACAGACGAGGGUCGGGUAUUCGUCUGCGGCUCCAACUCGGAGGGCCAGCUGGGGCUGGGCGAGGACAGGCGCUCCUGCCUCAAGUUCAAAGAGCUCAAGUUCAUGGAGAAGAUCUCCUUCGUCGAGUGCGGCUACUACCACACCGUGUUCAUUACGGCAAAAGGUGCAGUUUUCCUAACAGGUGAUAAUGAGAACCAGAAACUUGGUAUCCCAGAUAAGCCAACAACAGUCUACGUUCCCGAAGUACUUCCUAUAAGCAUUCCCAUCAAGAGUGCGUGUUGCGGGGCCGCUCACACCUUCCUGCUUUCUAUGGAUGAGAGCAAGAUCCUAGCAUUCGGGUCCAAUGAGAAGGGCCAGCUUGGUCUUUCGAAGAAUGUGGAACACGUAACGGAACCCACGGAAAUUGAUAUGGAGAAAAUGUUUGACGGGUUUCAGUUGAAGCUGGUGGCCUGUGGGGCAAUGCAUACGGCUUUUGUAACAGACAACGGUUUGCUUUACGCCUGUGGUGAGUCCCGACAUAAUAAACUUUGUUUGGAGGAAAUUGACGAUGCCGACAACGCAAACGAUGGAGUCCCCAAUCAAUACACACCUAAGCGGGUCACCGCAAUGAAUGGGCAUGUCGUAGACAAUGUCGCCUGCGGAGGGUGCCACACGCUACUGACGGCCACUAAGGGCUCCAACGCGGACUUCACCAACAACGACUUCAACGUGGUGGACGAGCAGACCCGCCAGAUAUCCCUCACCGAGCUCCCGCCGCUACAGAAAGUGCCAGUCAUGAGCAAGCCCGAGGAGCACUCGCACGUUAUCGAGGACAUCACGAACUCUAACGUUGACGUGCACAACACCGAUAACGUGAAUGGAAAUGUGAACGAAGAGGUCGGAUCGAUAGAUUCAUUAGAGGCCAACGUCAGUGGCUCCCAUAUAGUAAACAUAAACGACCUUGAAAACGAAAAUGGAAGCACGCAUGACGCGGCCGAUAUAAACACAGACGCGAUUGAUCCGAAUCCCCCUAAUGUUGAAACAAAAGUUAUGGAGGCCAUCGAAACUAUGGACACUAUGGCCGAUAAGGCCGAGAGUAAAGUUGAGGAGGUUUUAACUGGUGCUACGGAUAAAGUGAAUGAGAAAAUGGAAGCAGUUGAGGGGCUUGUAAAGAAAGCCGCCGUGGUUGCACCUAUUGCACAUGAUGAAGCAAAAAAAGUUUUAGAUUUACCAGAUAAGAUGUUAGAGAUAGCGCAUUCACCUCCACCUAAAACACCAAUACUACCAGAGUUAUUGCACGUUCCUGACUUGUCACAGAUUAGUCCAGGGCUGAGUAAACACAGUGAUGACGGUCAAAAGAGUGAAGCUGGUCAGUCUGAGAAUGAAACUAUCCCUUGCGGGUCGGAUAAGUCUAGUCCCCAAAUGGGUAAAACUAAGACGCAGGCAGUAAUGCCUAUCGUCAGGAGUGAAGACCAUAUCGACGUCCCUGAAGACCCAGAUCAUCCUGAGGAGUGUGACGUGGUAGUGAACAAGACCCCGGAGAAAGGACGAUUUGCGCGAAUGUUUCAAACGAUAAGAGACAAAGAAAACUCUUGUAUGGGCAAAGGAAAAGUCAUCGAAGAAAAAGUUGUUGAGAACGUCCACAAGGGCCUGGACACAGCGGAGGAGAGCAUCCACAAGGUCGAGGAGACCGUGGAGACGGAGAUCAGAAACCAGACCAACUCCCGGACCUGCACCAUUCUCUAACUGUUACGUCUUUGACUAGCUUAAAUAAACAUUUUUAUUAUUGCUA